UACAAAGAUAAAUAAUGACUUUUGUACAACACUGUGUUUUAUGUAACGUCUUUGGUCCUCCGCCUACAUAUCCCAGAAUCCCCAGACAUUGUUUAUUUAGCCUGCACCCCGGCUGCUCUCUCUGAACAGGACACUGCUCAAUUGCCAACUGUUAUUUAGUAAUAAUGCAUUGCUUACAUGCAUCCUUAAUUCUUUACUUCAAAAUGAAGAACACAUUCGGCUGAACCUACGCUGAGAGCCGGAAGGAGAAGAACGGGAACAUGAAAUGGAGAUAACCCGGGCCAGACCGUCGCUGUAUGGAGAAAUCGCUCAUGGCCUCGGAUUCUGGACGGACCGGUCAGCGGUGCACGAGGCCGCCGCGCAGGGCCGAGCCCUGCAGCUGCAGCAGCUCAUUGAGGCGGGCGCUGCCGUGAACAUCGUUGCAGUGGACUCCAUCACCCCGCUGCACGAGGCCUGCAUACAGGGUCAGACCCAGUGCGUCAGGCUGCUGCUGGCUGCCGGUGCACAGGUGGACGCUCGGAACAUCGAUGGUAGCACCCCGCUGUGUGAUGCCUGCGCAGCCGGGAGCUUGGAUUGCGUCAAGCUGCUGUUGGAGUAUGGAGCGACCGUCAAUCCUCCACUCUUCACCUUCUCUCCUCUUCACGAGGCGUGCAUGGGAGGUAACUCAGACUGCGUUCAGCUGAUGAUCGAUCGAGGCGCCUUCAUGGAGGCUCACGACUGUCACUAUGGAACGCCGCUUCACGUAGCGUGUGCCAGGCAACACUUCGACUGCGCCAAAGUCCUGCUCAUUGCAGGAGCAAACGUGAACGCUUCCAAGCUCCACGAGACGGCCCUCCACCACGCCGCCAAAACUAACAACACCGAUCUGAUAGAGCUGCUUGUGGAGUUCGGGGGGAGCGUUUUCGCUCGAGACAACCUGAACAAGAAGCCAAUCCACUACACCAGCGUGGGCUCUCCCUCCUACCUCUGCCUGGAGUUCUACGAAAAUACUCCCCUGAGCCUGCAGCAGCUCAGCAGAGUGGCUUUGAGGAGGACUCUAGGCGCAAGAGCGCGCAAAGUCAUUUCGGAGCUGCUCUUGCCCAAGAGCAUCAGAAGAUUCCUCUCGUACGUGAAGCCUCUUGUCUUUGAAUUAUGACUGCAUUUGACAGACUCAAGCGUAAAUCUGUGGAGUUUCGUGAGCUGCUGAUGGGGUUUUCUCAGGAUGCAAUGUGGCAGGCUGCUGAGGGUGCAAAAA